UUUGUUUUCCUGGAUAUAAAGCCCGGUGAAUCAGCAUCCUGGUAGUGUUGUCGGAGCCAGCCUGGUGCCCGGUCCCGUCCAAGUGAGCCGUCAUGGAAUCUCAGCCCGAUGAAGUUCAGGAGCGUCUCAUUGAAGACUUCACGCCGAGGCUGCGAGAGUACAUCCAGGUGGAGCAGGUCCUCAACUGUGCGCACUUUCUCGACAACGAGCAGAAGGAGCUGAUCAGACAAAAAGCGAGAACCGAGGGCAACCGCCGGGCUGUGGACCUGCUCCUGAGCGCGGUGGUCCGCAGGCCUCAUGCUCCAGGCUGGUUCACGGCUUUCGUGGAUGCGCUGAACCAGUCGGGCUGCGAACAUGCAGCGGACUACAUGCAGCUGAACCUGCCCAGUCCUGAGGCGGAGGCAGAGAAUGACAGCAGGGUGAGGCUCAUCCAGCUGCUGUCCCCCAGCCUGGUGGAGAUGAAGACGGAUCAAGUGUGUGCGCACUGCUUCGCUGCAGGCCUGCUCACCGCCGACGACAACGAAAUCUGGUACUCUACGUUCCUCAAAAUUCUGCGUGAAACUGAACACAAGCACCUGUAUGAGCUGACUGGAGGGUCACCUGACUGUGAGGAAAAAGAUGAGAAACCGCGUUCACCUAAAGACGAAUCUAUGGACUGUGAUGCUGCGACAGCGGAAAGCCGUGACAGCCCAGAGUUUAUGGACAUCAGCGUCAAAGAGGAGUCUCAGGAUGCAGAUCUUUAUGCCAGCGGUGAGCUGCCAAACAGCUCGGAGCCCUCGCAGCCAGAUGGAAGUGACUCAGUAGCAGCAGCCAAAGGCCCAGAAAACGCUGAUAUUGUUCUUCGAGAUUAUCAGAUGGACGUCGCUAGACCUGCCUUGGAGGGGAAAAACAUCAUCAUAUGCCUCCCAACAGGAAGCGGUAAAACCAGAGUUGCAGUUUAUAUUACCAAAAAACAUCUGGACAGCAGGAGGGCAGAGGGGAAACCAGGGAAAGUGGUCGUCCUCGUGAACAAGAUUCCUCUGGUUGAGCAGCAUUACUCAUCGGAGUUCUUGCCCUUUCUGAAGCAAAAAUACAAAGUGGAGAGAGUCAGCGGAGACUCCCAGCUCAAAAUCUCUUUCACAGAGAUCGUGGCGAAAAAUGACAUCAUCAUAUGCACAGCCCAGAUUCUGGAAAACUACUUGGAGAGGUCCAACACCGGAGAGGACGAAGGGGUGAACUUAAGCGAUCUGACGCUGAUUGUGAUCGAUGAGUGUCACCACACUCAGAAAGGAGAAGUGUACAACCACAUAAUGAUGCGAUACCUGAAGCAGAAGCACAAGAACAUAAAGCUGAAGAAGUUGGAGAAGAAGCCUGUGCCCCUCCCUCAGAUCCUGGGCCUGACUGCCUCGCCGGGGGUUGGGAAAGCCACAAAAAUGAAGCAAGCUGAGGAGCAUAUACUUCGCAUUUGUGCAAACUUGGACGCUUCCAAAAUCAUGACAAGGAGCCUUGGAGAGUUCAAAAAGGAACCAAAGAAAACAAUUGUAAAUGUGGAAGACAGAAAGGAGGAUCCCUUUGGCAACGUCAUCAAGAAAAUCAUGAAUGCGAUUCAUGCCCAUGCCGAGCUGAGCCCGACCUGUGACCUCGGCUCUCAGAACUAUGAGCAGUGGGUGGGUCAAAACGAACGCAAAGCUGCAAAAGAGGAAGAUCAGAAAGUGCGAGUUUGCGCAGUGCAUCUUCUGCUCUACAACGAGGGCCUGAAUCUGAGCAACACCAUCCGCAUGUGUGACGCUCUGAGCUUCCUGAAGAAGGAACAGGAGGAGGAGAUAAAGAAGAAAACAACACCUGAUGGGGAGCACGUCAUACAGAUCACAGACACAGAGAGAUUCCUCUUCAAUUUGUUUAAAGAUAACAAAGAGGAGCUGGAGAGGCUGGCAAAGAAUCCCCAGUAUGAAAACGACAGCCUGUCAAAACUCAGAGGUACCAUUCUACGCGAGUUCAGCACCAGGGCGGAGGCCAGAGGGAUCAUUUUCACCAGAACACGCCGCAGUGCCAUCGCUCUAAGUCAGUGGAUUCAGGAGAACCCCAAGUUUGCUGACAUCGACGUGAAACCGGCGUACGUCAUUGGAGGAGGAGACCAGAGUAAUGUCAAACCGAUGACCGCUGCAGAGCAAAAGGACGUGUUGAAGAAGUUCCGCAUCGGUGACGUGAACCUGCUGAUCGCUACCACGGUGGCAGAGGAAGGUUUGGACAUACCGGACUGCAACUUUGUUAUCAGAUACGGCCUAUCGACCAAUGAGAUCGCUAUGAUUCAGGCUCAAGGCCGAGGAAGAGCUGAGGACAGCAGUUACACUGUGGUCGAUGUGAAGAACUCCGGGGUGGCUGAAAAGGAGUGCGUCAAUGAGUACCGUGAGAGCAUGAUGAACAAAGCCAUUGCUAAAAUCAAAGUCUUAAAUCAAGCAGAGUAUGACAAGCGGAUCACUGAGUUUCAGGUCCAGGCUAUAAUGGAGGAGAACGUGAGGAAGAAAAAGCAGAAGGAGAAGGCCAUUAAGAAUGUGAAGCUGUCUGAUGUGAAGUUCAGCUGUCGACACUGCAGCAAACACGUCUGCACCGGCGAAGACAUCCAGACCAUCGAGAGCAUGCACAAAGUCAAUGUCACGUCAGAGUUUUGUGACCUUUUCAUUCAGAGAGAAAACCCGACUCUUCAACAACGCCUUCUGGAUUACGAGACCAACGCCUCCAUAGCAUGCAAACAGUGUGGGCAGAGCUGGGGAUCGAUGAUGAUGUACCGUGGGAUCGAGUGCCCCUGCCUUCACGUGAAAAACUUUGUGGUGAGCGUCAGCGGAGAGAAGAUAAGCAAAUGCACCAAGUGGAGCGAACUCCCCAUCAGGUUUCCUGCCUUCGACUACACCGAACACGCGAGCCAGGUGGCGCAGAGCUCAGACGAGGAGGAAACAGAAUAAACUCCAACUCUGCAGAGUCGCAAAAACAUCCAGAAAACACUCAUCUGUGUCGUAUUAUCUUACUUACACUGGGAAAUGCAAUGCUUCCUUUAAGGGCUACUGUGUCAGGUUUACAUGGAGUGGUGGAUGUAAGUGUCUGUUGUUUACAAGAAAAUAAGAAUAUGCAAGAUUGUCAGAACUAUAUGUAUGAAUUGUUUAUGACAUACUAGGGGAUUUGCUGUAAUGAUCACUGUGUGAGUGCCAUGAAAUUAAUUGUCAAAAUUGCUAAUGAGAAAGUAUAUAUUGCCAUCUGAAAUGUCUGUGGUCUCCUGAGAUUGGAGCCGCUGAGCCGGCGAUCGCCCCUCGGAGCCCACCUGUCAACACACAUGCACACAAACAGGUGCUGUUGAUUUUCCAUUAAAUUCAGCUGUUAGUGAGUCAUGAGGCAGUCAGCAAAGCUAUUUUUAGAUGCACAUUUUUUUUAAAGCUUUGUUCUCUUCAUACAGAUACACAUAGAUUACCUGUGGUUUUCUGGGACACAAUCAAGUGUGUAAUAGACCCUGAAAUAUAAAUAAAGUCCCCUUUCUGACUUUUAA